AUAUUUGCCAUUCCUCAAGUGAUUACAUCUCACCGCCCUAACAAAUUUUCUGCCUUGUGAUCUGCCGUUAGUGUACUAAUCAUGCGUAUUGCCAAUUAUUUCCGUUCUGUUAGCUAGUUAGGCGGCUCUAUUUGUACGCAUCGGAGUGGUUUCCGAGCGAUGGAGGACAUCUUCUCUGCUUCGCGUGAAGGCAACCUUCGAUUUGUGAAGACAUGGCUCGAAAACACUUCGAACGAUUUGAAUCAAGGGGAUGAUCAUGGUUUCACUCCCUUGUUAUGGUCAGCAAGAGAAGGCCAAACCGCAGUAUUUGAUCUACUUUUGUCAAGAGGAGCGCGCAUCACUGCUUUAAACGAUGGCGGUGAUAAUGGCCUUCAUUUGGCGGCCAGCAAAAGCAACAAGGAAAUUAUACAAAGGCUUUUGAAAAAUAAAUGUCCUGUUAAUGGUGUCAAUAAUCAUGGAAACACGCCGCUCCAUUAUGCAUGCUUCUGGAAUUCCGAAGAAUGUGCAGAGGAGCUAGUCAAAAGAGGUGCUUUGGUCUCACAGUGCAAUAAGUAUGGGGAGACACCACUUGACAAAUGUAAACCUUUCCUGGCAGAAAUUUUAAGAGACUUAGCAGCUCAACUUGGACAAGAUCUCAAAAGAAUUCCUUACAAAGAUAGCCGUUCAAAGCAUGGAAAAAAAGAUGAUUUACGGGACAUUAAGUCCAGACUUUCAUGGAUUCAACCCCAAGAAAUUGAUUUGGUGACAAAAAUAGGCAAAACAGUGACUGGCGAGGUAUGGAAAGGGAAGUGGAAUGAUCUCAAUAUCAUUGGCAAAAAGCUUGCCAUUAAAAUGGUCAACAAAAGAAUAUCAAGAGAUUUCAGUGAGGAAUACUCAAAAUUAAGAAUAUUUUCCCACCCAAAUGUUCUACCGGUAAUUGGUGCAGUUAAUGACUCCAAGGACUUGAUAGUUCUUUCACAGUAUCUUCCAUUUGGUUCACUUUACAAUGUUUUACAUGAAGGAACAGGGAUCAUUGUGGACCAUGAGCAAGCAAUGAAGUUUGCAUUAGACAUUGCCAAAGGAAUGGAGUACCUGCAUUCUUUAGACCAACUUAUUCCAAGGCUGUACCUUAAAAGCACACAUGUCAUGAUUGAUGAUGAUCUAACAGCUAGAAUAAGUAUGGCCGAUUACAGAUUCUCCUUCAUGAACCUCAGCAAAAUUGAAAGUCCAAACUGGAUGGCUCCAGAAGUGUUACAGAAAAGCCCUGAAGAAGUGGAUCAACGUUCAGCAGACAUGUGGAGUUAUGCCAUGAUCCUUUGGGAACUUGUCACAAGAGAAGUCCCCUUUGGUCACUUGUCACCCAUGGAAGUUGGCAUGAAGGUUGCACUUGAAGGUUUACGACCAUCUGUUCCACCUGGAGUAUCUACACAGAUCACAAAGCUUGUGUCGAUCUGUUGGAAUAACGAUCCAACCAAGAGACCCCGGUUUGACCAGAUUCUUCCGAUUCUAAACAAGAUGGCACAAUAAAAUGUACUUAGCAUAAUCCUAGACCAAUAGGUUAUCAAAUAGUUAUGUUACAAGGGAGUGAAUAGUAGCUGUUAUCAAUCCAUCAUUUAUUUUUCAAAUUUCUAACGGAAUUGUUCAAAUUGUGUGGAACUCUGCCGCUCUGUGCCUCUUACAAGUCAAUAACAUGUAACUUCUCUUUAAGAAGACGAGAUAUGAGAGGUUAGAGAACUAACCCCCCUC